GCUAAAAACUUUAGAAGAUCAAUUUUACACCCAACAAAAGUCCCAUCAGUCCCGCGAGGUAGAAUUACUCAAGGCGAUUGAUUCGCUUAAGAACGAAAUUAUCAGCAAAAAUUCUGCCAUUGAAGACUUACAAAGCAACGUUGAUACUUUGGAGGGUGGAAUUCAAGUUUUACGUCAGGAAAUGGCAUAUAAUGGAGAAACUGCCAAUAAGAUUAAAAUGGAAGCAGAUUAUAAAAUCAGAGGACUGCACGAAGAAAUCACAAAGUUGCAAAAUAAACACACACAAGAACUAGAAGAACAGAAAGCUACAUUUCAGAAUACAGAAAAGGAUCUGAAGGCAAAGAUUGAUCAUUUGGAACGGAAAUGCCAAUGCGUUACUAAACUAUUUGAAGAGAUAAGAUCAAGAUAUGAAAGAAGAGAAUCCAGACAAGAAGAUUUGAAUGUAAUGUCCGAUCUACGGCAAGUAAUAGCGGAGCAGGAAAAAGACUUGGCGUGCUUGACCGAAGAGAAACGCUACUUUCAAAUGAAAUUAAUGACGUUGGAGCAAAUUUUAAGUACCUCGAACAUCGGCAAUGUACCUGGACAGUUAUGCAGUUCGAUUAGCAAUCAAAUUAGUGUUCCGGCAACUAUUCCCGAAUGUGAAGAUGAUUUUGAAGACGCCGUUGCUUAAUUCUCAAACGAAAACUAGACAGAAUUCGAAAACCUUGUUACAAUCAAACGAAUCAGAAUGGAUCAGGACGUAUAAAGGCUUAGAGCUUCAUUUUGCAUAACCAACUUUGUGAUUAUUUUGUAAUAUGGAAACCACAAGUUACGUAGGUACGUUUUUUUAUUUGUUAAUAUAAACUUUAUGUAA